GGAAGAGGCUCCGAAAAACAGUCGAGAGUGGAGCGUCGCUGAGUUUACACGAACCAAAAGCUUUGUAAGCGCACCGAAGUCAAUAUCCCGGAGUUAUCAUGUUGAAGGCGAUUAUUGUUUUUACCACCAUUUUCGUGGCCGUGGCUCUGGCCAUGCAGCCACUGGAGGAUAAUGAGAGGAACCAUCAUCUGAACCACAAGCGCCAGUUGUCCCAGCACCACCAAAAGUUGCAGGAGGUGAGGCACUCGGCCAAGGAGCACAUCAAACACGGAAAGGAGGUGCACCAUUUAGUUUCCCACGUUAGGGAGCACAGAAAGGAGCAUGGAAAGUCUGCCUCCCAGAGGAAGGGAAGGCAGGCCAACAAGGAGCAGGGCCACAAGAAGAGCCACCACCAGAAGGAGCAGCACAAGCACCAGGACCACUCCCGGAAAGCCCGAUCCCACUCGAACGGCAGCAAGCACCACCACAAGAGGCACACGGGAUCGCGUCGCCACUAGGAAA